AUGCGACCUCCAGCUUGGAUACGGCCAGCGCUGUUGGCAAGCUGUCUACUGGCUCAAAGUACUAAUGCGUCAUUCAACUACGAACCAGAAGACCAGGCUGUACUGUCACCCAACAAUGAUGCUGCACAGAGCAAGCCAAAGACCAACAAUGGUGGGAAGAAGAACAUUGUGUUCAUCCUCACAGACGAUCAAGACGCUGUCCUAAACUCUGUCUCUUAUAUGCCCAAACUCAAAGAGCAUAUCAUUGACAAGGGUACAUCGUUCGUCAACCACUUCACUACCACAGCCAUCUGCUGUCCUUCCCGUGUUGCACUUUGGACAGGGAAACAGCCUCAUAACACUAAUGUCACUGACGUCAAUCCACCGUAUGGCGGCUUCCCCAAGUUCGUCUCACAGGGAUUGAACGAGAACUACUUGCCUGUAUGGUUGAAAGAAGCUGGGUACAACACAUACUACACCGGCAAGCUCUUCAAUGCUCAUACUAUAAACAACUACAACUCGCCUUAUCCUGCAGGAUGGACAGGAACCAACUUCCUACUUGACCCGGGCACGUAUGACUACCUGAAUCCUAUCUACCAGCAUAACCAGGAGCCACCAGUUCAACACAAAGGAGUGCACACUUCAGACUUGAUUUCCAAGUAUGCACAUGAUCUUCUCAAGGAAGCCAUUGACGCCGAGAAUCCAUUCUUCGUUGCAAUUGCGCCUGUUGCGCCACACUCCAAUGUUAAUCUCAGACGGCAACCUGGAAACCCGAGCGCACCUCUUAUGACUAUUCCCAUUCCUCUUGAGAGACACUCUCAUCUCUUCGAAGGGGUCAAAGUCCCGAGGACGGAGAACUUUAACCCAGACUCGCCUAGUGGUGUGAGCUGGAUUCACAAACUCGCCCAGCUCAAUGACUCAUCAGUCUCAUACCUCGAUGACUUCUACCGCGCUCGUCUCCAGGCUCUUCAGGGUGUCGAUGAGAUUGUUGAGCAAGUAACCAAGCAGCUUGAAGAUGCUGGCAUACUUGACGAGACAUACAUCAUCUACAGCUCUGACAAUGGAUACCACCUGGGUCAACACAGACUGCCUCCUGGCAAGGAGUGUGGCUUUGACGAAGACAUCCGCGUGCCUCUCUUCAUCAGGGGCCCAGGUGUAUCCCCAGGAUCCAUUGAGAAUGCCGUGACUACACACAUCGACCUUGCUCCUACGAUUCUCAGACUCGCAGGCGCGGACCUUCGCAGCGACUUUGACGGAACUCCUAUCCCUGUGUUGUCCACUCAGGAGAACAAACGACACGAGCACGUAGCGGUUGAGUACUGGGGCGGUGCUAUCGCUGAAGGCGAGAUUGGCGGUUUUGAUGGCAAGGGACAGAUUUUCGCGCAGAAUAAUACAUAUAAGGGCGUGAGAAUAGUGCAUGAGGACUACAAUCUUUACUACUCGGCUUGGUGUAACAACGAGCACGAACUCUACGACCUCAAGACCGACCCAGGACAGUUGAAGAGCCUGUUCCCUCACGAUGACACAACUGCCGAUUCAGCACUGUUAGGAACGACUGCCCGACAGGUCCUCAAUCGCCUGGAUGCUCUCAUGCUCGUGUUGAAGUCUUGUAAAGGCAACACGUGCAUUGAACCAUGGAAGAUCCUGCACCCAGAAGGUGGUGUGACGAGCUUAAAGGAUGCUCUUCAGGCAAAAUUUAACGCCUUUUAUAAGGAGCAGGUAAAGGUUAGGUUUGAUCGUUGCGAGUACGGAUACUUGAUCGAUGCUGAAGGACCUCAAGUCGGAUAUGAGUAUCGUGAGGGCUUGGAGUGGCAUCAUUGGACUUGAAGGGCUGUCUCGUGAUUAUGACAGCAUUAUUAGUAGUCUAUAAAACAUCGGCUAUAGUGUCUCGCGGUGCUUUGCAUAAAGCCAAUAGCCUUCGCGUGGGAAUAUGUAUAAUAAGAUUUGUUCUCAAUAAUAUAACUGGC